CUGAAUCCACAGAGAGCCGCGCGGAAAUGUCACGCGCCACGCACGAUAUGGACGGCAACGCCGCCCCUGACGCCUACGCCAGGUACGAGGCGAUCGCUUCCUCCCUCCCGACGUCGGCGUGCCAGGGCCUGGGGGCCGCCGCGUACAAGAACCACCGCGGCUUCUGGUACCCGGCGCACCAAAUGUCGCCGACGCUCGCCGCGCGGGACACCUUCGUCGCCCGCCCCACCGACAUCCUCGUCGCCACCCUGCCCAAGUCCGGCACCACGUGGCUCAAGGCGCUCGUGUUCGCCGUCGCGUACCGCCGCACGCACACGCCAGCACUGGAGGACGGCGCGGGGCAGCGCCGCCACCCGCUCCUGGGCUCCAGCCCCCACGACCUCGUCCCAUUCCCGCACUACGUCUACGAGAAGCACCGGUCGGCCGCGGCGCCGCUCCUGGAGGCGAUGCCGGCGCCGCGCGUGCUGGCCGUGCACGCGCCGCUCUCGGCGCUUCCGGCGUCCGUGGCCGGCUCCGGCUGCCGCGCCGUCUACAUGUGCCGGGACCCCAAGGACGCGCUCGUCUCGCUCUGGCACUACCUCCGCAAAGCCAACCGUCCGGGCGCCACCGCGGCGUCGCUCGAGGAGCUGCUCGCGGCGUUCUGCGACGGCGUCUCGCCGUUCGGGCCGGCGUGGGAGCACGUGGCCGAGUACUGGAGGGAGAGCCUGGCGCGGCCGGAGCAGGUCAUGUUCCUCCGGUACGAGCACGUCAAGGAGGACACGGUGGGGAGCGUGAAGCGGCUCGCCGAGUUCCUCGGCUGCCCGUUCACGGCCGAGGAGGCGGCCGGGGGCGUCCCCGAGGCCGUGGCAGCGCUGUGCGGCAUAGAGCGGAUGAGGAGCGUGGAGGCGAACCGCACCGGCGAGUACGGGGUUCACUGGAAGUUCAGCAACUCGGCGUUCUUCAGGAAUGGGGAGGUUGGGGACUGGAAGCAGCACAUAACGGCCGAGAUGGCGCAGAGAAUCGAUGGCAUCAUGGAUGGUAAGUUGCGGGGCAUUGGCCUCUCGCUUAUCACUGAACCAAAGCAACUUCUGAAUGAAAAUUAAAUUAUGAUGACUGAACGUCAUGAAAAAUGCAGCACUUCUUCCUUAUUUUUCUUUGGCCCAAUCGAUCCAAAAACCCUCGAGUAAAUUGCAAAAAACCACCACAAUUCAGGACCCUAAUUCAGAAAACCGCCAUCAUUCAAGUUUUUUUUUAAAAACCACCAACAUUAUGAUGACAGUUUUCAAAAAACACUAAUAACAUGAUAAGCAACGUUUGAUACAGAAUCUGACGGAUGGGUCCCAUGUGUAAGUGAUGACAUGGACAAAAAAUUGAGGCCCUUUUGCCUGGACCGUUAAGUUGGUAUAUGGCCCACCUGUCAGUAUCUCCACUCCUCACUCUCUCGUGCAUUUUAUCAAGCACCCUAUGCGCAUAGCCACGCCCACGCCAUGGCCGUCACUACCUCGCCGGCGUGACUCCUCCAGCGCCGGCAGCCAGCGCCGCCACCUUUAGCUCCCCUGCGCGCUUCCCCUCCUCCUCCUCCUCCUCCCGUCACCAGCUCCACCCCGCGCUCGCCGCCAGCAGCAGAACGAGCAGCGCGCGCCGGACAACCGGCUGCUGACCAAGCCGCGCGUGCCCGACUGCAUCCUCGGCAAGGGAACAAGCACGCCGGCCAGCCGGCUGCGGACCGAACCGUGCGCCGCCACCUCCAGCUCCUCCCCGCGCGCUUGCCCUCUCCUCCCAUUUCUUGCCCCACGCCAUGCUCGCCGCCCGCCGCGGACCGGCAAGCUGCAGCAGCAGAUACUCCCGACCACGCCGGGCACGCAUCCCCCUCUGGUCUAGCCCUGGCCCCACGCUCGCUUCCCUUUGCUCUGUGGCGGCCGCGAGUUCUGGGCGCAUCUGAAGCUGGUCGGUGGCUGCCUGCGGGAGGCGAGUCGGGCAUGGCGAAGGCGGAGCUCGCCGGGACGCGGCGCUGCGAGGUAGGCCUGCCGGCGGCCAACUAGCGUGCGAGGCGACGGGCGGCGGUGCUUCGAGGCAGGCCUGCCGGCGGCCGACUAGGGCGCUGGGGGCGGCCGGUCCGGGCGCGGGCUCGCUGGGCACGGCGAUGGACUUUUUUUAAGAACGAUGGAUGCGAACUGGUCAAACCUAACAAAGUUAGCGCCGUUAGUACAUGCGUGACGGGCGGCGUCUUCACCCUCACCACGUGGCACAUUAUACUGGGACCCAUCCGUCAGAUUUUGCAUCAAGCUGCUAUAAUCAGUCAAUUAGCGUUUUUUGAAAACUGUCACCGCAAUAUUGGUGGUUUUUUGAAAAAAAACUGAAUGAUGGUGGUUUUCUGAAUUAGGGUCCCCAAUUGUGGUGGUUUUUUGCAAUUUACUCAAAAACCCUCAGAAGCACCUUGUGAAGUGAAACAUAAACCCUCGGCGUCGACUCAGACGGCAAUGGAGGCCUUGUUGGUGUGCAAUGUGUAUCUGAAGUUGUAUGUAAGAUUUAAAUACUGUAGUAGAGACAGAGAUACAAGAAUCUUGACACUCCGAUGUGCAUAAUUCAGCUGCAAGCCAGCGAUUGCUUGCCACGAAAUUUUUCAUGUUACAAGCACACAGUGCUCAAAAUAAGACAUCGGUAAUUUCUGUGCUGGGCAAUGGUCAAAGAACAGAAGAGAAAGGCCUACACCACCAACACUGCAUCCCGUCCAAAUUCAAAAUGACCAUCAGAAUAUGAAGCUACUACCACGAAUCCUGAGGAACUACCGCCCUCAAAUUAACUUCAGAACUUAUCAUACCCAGACUAAAAUCCCGUAUU